AUUUUUUGGACUUUUGAAUGCAGUUUAUAGGUAUUGCGCAUGUUAAUACGGAAGUGUUCCUCAACACUAGCUUCACUGUGACUGUAUUUGCAUGCCUAUUUUAGUAAGAACAACCUGAAAGCAACACCCAGUCUGGCAUUAACUCAAAAAGAAGAUUUACAGGUGGUAUGCUUGGUAGCACAAGGUGAGACAAAAACAGGGAUGGACAGAGCUUAGAGUGUUUUCAUUCUCCACAAGAGCCGUAUGUUUGGUAGCACAAGGUGAGACAAAAACAGGGAUGGACAGAGCUUAGAGUGUUUUCAUUCUCCACAAGAGUAUGGCUACAAUGAAUCAACAGAUAGAACUUCCUCUUCGAGUGGAGGAGUGGACGAGAGAGCAAGUUUACUACUGGCUGACUGCGGUGACACAAGUGAAUAAAAUACAUGCAGAUAAGCUGUACGAGGAAGAAGUAUCAGGGGAAGAACUAGUCUGUUACGAGCUCAAACAUCUGCUGGAUCUUGGUAUUAAGCAUGGUCCAGCAGUUAAGAUUAUCACCCGGUUAGAGAAGUUAAAAAAGAAACAACAAGGAUCAUAUUCUUCUGACCAUUCCCACACACAACACACAGAAGCAAGACCAGACACAACCGUGGAAAACAAAGACAGCAUUUCAACAGAUGAAACACAAAUAUUCAAAAAUGCUAAAAAAUCAAAUAGAAAAUCACACAAAAGAGAAAAAACUGACUUUAGAAGGACUAAUUCUAUGGAAAAAGAUUUAAUGGAUGACAUCUCUCAAAGAAGCACUUCAAUAGAACACCCACAACCACAAAACAAAACUACUCCAAUUUCAGGAACAAGUUGUACAUCUUCCAAAGAAACCGAACCAACAGAGUCAGCUGACCCUAAAACAUCAGACAUUAAUGUUUAUGAAGUAGCUGAAAAGGAAAAGCAUAUGAGGAGGUCUGGAUCCUUACAGCACUCAUGUACUCUCUAUCCAUUUGAUCAGAACUCUGCUUCUCACCGAUACAUUCAAAACUACACUUUACCACCAGAGACUGGACCAGGCAAUCUGACCGAUCCAGUUCAUGAGUACAAGUUCAUGGGCAGAACCGAUGAUAUGAAUGUGAUAAAGAAGAAGUUCAAUAAAGAGGUGUUCCGGUUUGCUGCUGGGUGUAUGAACAGCCGCACAAAUGGAACCAUCCACUUUGGUGUAGCAGACUCCAAAGAUUCUCAAUACGCUCAUGCUGAAAUCACUGGGGUUACUGUUGACAAGAAGGACACUAUCAUUGAUCAUUUUAAUCAAGGUAUUAAACCAUACUUUGAAGAACACACAGAUAAAGCAAAGGCAUGCAUCAGGCAGCCACGCUUUGUAGAAGUGCUCUGCCCUGACGGCACUCUAUCUGGCAAAUAUGUCAUAGAGGUGGAUGUUGUUCCAUCCCACAGCAUAGUUCAAGGUAAGCUGUUUAAUAUCCAGACUCUGGAUGAGGACAAUCAAUGGAAAAAGAGCAAAGGAAAAUCACUCUUCUUCAGAGAUGGGGCUGCAACACGAGAUAUCUAUAAAAUUGGUAAUCCAAAAGACAUACAAGAUGAACUGACCCGAAUAAUUACCAAAAAAAAUGUUCUGGACGAAAGGAGGAAGGAGGCGGAAAAGAGGCCUGAAAGCAAAAGAACAUCAAACCAGGGGGAAAAGCUGAAGAAUCUGCUGACAUGUGGAAGCGGCAAACUGGAUUAUUAUGAACACUUCAUCAUUGUAACAAACAAAAGCCACCCUGAACAACUCCAGCAUCUUGAGUUCAUGACAAUAUUGAAAUUGCUCUGUGUAUUGGACUAUGAUUCCAACUCUGCAGUAAGUGGGUCCUGCCACAACUAUAGAAAAGUGCGAAUUGCAAACCUUCACAUGCCAAGUCAGUUCAAUGCGGAUCCAGGAAUAGUUGUGAAAAAUCUCAAUUUGCGCAAACAAACAAGUUGGGUAUUUUGUAAUUGCAGAGAAGAUCUCAGCACUGAAUCUGACAGGCCACUCAGACCAAGCGAAUGGUUAAUACACAAAGCAGGAGAGGUACAACACAUGAUUUCAUUCCUCUGCAACCCAGACACUCUUCCAAGAGGUCGAUUCUUAGUCAUAUUCCUCCUUCUCUCCACUGUUGAAGCCAUGAAUGAUCCAAUGUUUGACACAUUCAUGUCAUUUUAUAAAAACCUUGGGGGUACAGAGAGCAUUUUAAGUAUAUGUACUUCAGAUGCUUCCUUUCAAAAAUGGAGAGAUUUUAUUCAAGCCAGAUGUGAACGUGACAUCAGCCACCGGAGCAUUUAUGACCUGGAGCUCAGUGAAAUCAAUGGGACAAUACUGAAACUGGGACAGAACAAGCAAAAUGCGCAGAGACUUCUUCCAUCUGCUGAGGGAAGUUCAGUGGUUCUCCAAAAGAAUGAUGAAGACCUCAUGCCUUCACUUGAGAUCCUUUGUGAAAAUGAGUGUGAGAAUGUGUAUGAUGAGAAUAGUCCAGAAUUCCAUGAAUUCCAAAUUGAAAAAGAAGCUAAAUUCUACAGAGGUGACGAAGUAAAAUGGUGGAAUUUCUAUUUCUCAGAAAAAAAUACAGCAAAACCAUUCAUAAAACGGGACAAAUAUGAUCAACUUAAACGCAUAAUCGAAUCUAAAACCAAAAAUCCAACAAGCACAUGCGUCAUGCUGAAUCUUUUUCAUCACCCCGGGUGUGGGGGCACCACUUUAGCCAUGCAUGUAAUGUGGAAUCUGAGGAAAGAUUUCCGUUGUGCAGUUCUGAGAGACAACACUGUUUCCAAACUCGAUGUAGCACAAGAAGUUGCCUACUUGGUACGGUGUGGAAAAAACGAGACUAUGCGAACAACACCAGUACUUUUAUUAGUUGAUGAUUCCGAAGAGACGGAAAAUACAGAGGAACUUCAGCACUGUAUACGAAAAACUCUUGAGGAAAUUUCUCCAAAUGCACUUGUUGUCAUUCUAAAUUGUUUACGUUCAAGAACCCCAAAAGUGAGAUAUUCAAACAGUGUCAUUGAGAGUCAGUACAUCACAGCAACACUAUCUAAAGAAGAAAUGGAUGCCUUUGAAAUGAAACUACAGGAACUGCAACAAACACAUGAAAAACCAGAAAAUUUCUAUAGUUUCAUGAUCAUGAAAACAAACUUCAGUCAAGAGUAUGUUACAAAUGUUACUCGUAAUAUUCUGAAAGAUCUUGAUAUUGAAAGAAAACAAGCACAACUUCUUUCAAUUCUGGCAUUACUGAAUUCCUAUGUGGCUGAAUCAGCAAUUUCUGUGUCACUUUGUGAGGAUUUUCUUGGCAUUAAAAGAAAUUUACUGGGGAAGCAAACCGUUUUGGAUGAAAUGGAACCUCAGUCCUGCUUGCUAAUUGAGUUUGAAGCUGAGGAAUGGGGAGUGUACAAAGCAAUCCGUUUUGUUCAUCAACGUAUUGCAACAGAGUGUGUAAAGGAGUUAGAAGAGACACACAAAAUCCCAAGAUCUGAUAUAGUCCAAAAUUUGCUGCAUUCUGACUUGUUUUUCAAAAGUGGAAUAGGAAAAGAUAACCUCUUGCAGUCAGUAAAAUGCAUGCUAAUCACACGACAACGCAAAACAGAAGGUGAUGAGAAAGACACACUCUUUUCACUUUUGAUAGAGGACAUCAAUAAACAGAAUGACGGACUGAAAAAAAUCCAGGAAAUCUUUACAGAGGCAUCAAGACGAUUUGAUAAGGACUUUGUAAUUCCUCAAGCUUUAGCAAGACAUUUUUAUCUGAAUGAAAAGAACUUUGGUUUAGCAAAGGAAUGGGCAAACAAAGCUACAACCAUCAAACCAAAUUCAUACACUCUCGACACAGUUGGACAGGUCUCUAGAAGUGAGCUAAAACAUAAAAUUGAUUACAAUAAGCAAGAGAACAAAAAAUCCACACCUGAUGACUUGAAAGAAUAUCUGGAUCUAGCUGAUGCAGCGAUAAAAGCUUUCCAGAGGGCACAAAUCAUGGCAAAGGAAGAUGAUACUCCUGAUCAGGAAGAGACACUUCAUAGAAAACCAAAUACCUACAACAUAUCUGGAUACAUGAGUGAGAUUGACAUUGCUAUGACAGUCUUUGACAUUGUGAGGGGACUGCCAUUGUUUGAGGAAAGGGACUUGAUGAAAGAUUAUUACUUUCAGCAGUUUUUCAAAGGAAAAAUGUCCAUAACACAUAUUCCCAUUUUCCAGAAUGAUGCUAACAACAAACGGGCUGAUAUUCUUAAGGAGUAUGAACCAUUCCUUGUUUCUCUGAAGACACAAGUAGACAAAGCCUUUGAUUUCCUUGAAGUUUUUUUCACUUACACAAGGGAAAGGGGCAUUGUUGACAAAGAAAAGCAGUUUAAGAACAGGGAAAAGCUCUCUGAUCACUUUAAAAAAUACAUCACCCUGUUUUGCUCUUCAUCAGAGGAAACACUAAAUGAGAAAAAACGUAAACCAAAGCUCAGCAUGAACAUGGAAAUUGAGGAAUGUCGAAUGUUCCUAGAGGAAAACAGAGCAAACAAUUUCCCAAGAAUUCUUCAGUUUCUGGAGUUCAGAAAAAACAUGAUUGAACAAAUUGUUGAAAAACAUUCAUUCAUAUACAAUAAUUGUGUCACCAAAUCUCUCAAGGACAAAACAAACCAUUUGCUUGCCCACAUAAUUCUUAAGCUGAAUAAACCAAAUUCAACUUUUGCAAAAACCCAAAGAGAACUUGCUGAUCUUUUGAAAGAACUCUUGCAAGAAGCUGGAACACAGCAUCAACACCCAGAGCCCUACUACCUUGCUGUAUUGUUGCUGUGGCCUGGAAAAAAUAACACUGAUCCACGAAUGACAACAUAUGUGGAAAUGCUAAAAAAAUCCUCCAGAAAGCAACUCUCACACAUUUUUAGAUUCAGAAAUCCAAUUGCCCACUUCUAUCUAGGGAAGUCUGAUGGAUUAGAAAGACUGGUUUCCAAAGCAAGCCUUGACAGCGAUUUCAGUAAAGUAAGAGACCGUAAUGUCCUAUGGCAAAAUGCAGACAUUUUCAAAGAACAGGCAAUUAAAGACAAGCUCUUCAGAGUAAAUGGCACAUUGGAGCUUGGUGAGCUUUAUGCAGAGUAUGGAAAGCUAAAGAUCCCUGUACGACGCACCUACCUUGGAGGGCUAAGAAGCGGUCAUAGUACAGAGAGGGUGACUUUCUACAUUGGCUUCGCUAUUGAUGGUCCACUUGCUUAUGACAUUCAGUAUGCAGACAUGAGAGUGGAUAAAUGAACUAAAUGAAUUGUUAAUUUCUGUCCUUCAUCUAAAUAUACUGGCAGAAAGGAUCUUCCUAAUCAGAGUCUGGAGAAGAAAAGAAGAAUUGUGCAUGGUUAUUAUGAUUCUUUUUAUUGUUUUUAUAAUCCAUUUUUCAAUCAAGGAGCCAAUUCUCAAAUGAUAUCAGUUAUGUUAUAUGUUACACACUUAUUCUUAUAUUACUAUUAUAUGUGAUGAUGAGAUGUAAUCAGAUGUAACUUUUGUCAGCCUGAUGUUUGUAUCCAAAUAAUAUUUGUCAGCCUCGUGCUUUUCUGUUUUAUGAUUCAUUUUAGUGAAGUUGUUGAUAUUUGUUUGAUAUUAAAGUACAAUGAAUGGGAAAAACUUAAAAUAAAUGAAAACAGUACAGUGACAUUGUAGCAAGGUAAAAGCAAAUUAUAUGGUAUUUUAUUACAAGUUGAAAUGCACAAUAAAAGAUCAUAUGUGAGAAAAAAA